GCACGUUAGUCGCUUGCACACCGACUCAGUCGAAGCAGAGAGUUUAGUUUUACGCCAGUUAACUCGUCGUAAACGGAAAUGGCGACCGCAGCCGUGAAAUUGGAUCUGGACGGGAGGCCGAUAAAGCCGAUGACGAUAUGCAUGAUCGGUGCCGGAGGUUUCAUCGGCUCUCACCUCUGCGAGAAGAUUCUCUUCGAGACGCCUCACAAGAUUCUGGCGCUCGAUGUUUAUAAUGACAAGAUCAAGCACUUGCUUGAGCCGGAGUCGACUACUUGGACCGACCGGAUCCAGUUCCACCGACUCAACAUUAAGCACGAUUCGCGCCUCGAAGGCCUUAUCAAGAUGGCAGAUCUGACGAUUAAUCUAGCGGCGAUCUGUACGCCGGCUGAUUACAACACGCGUCCUCUUGACACGAUCUACAGUAACUUUAUCGACGCACUUCCUGUGGUCAAAUACUGUUCGGAGAACAACAAGCGUCUGAUUCACUUCUCAACUUGUGAAGUGUAUGGAAAAACUAUUGGAAGCUUUCUGCCUAAAGACAGCCCACUUCGUCAGGAUCCUGCUUACUAUGUUCUUAAAGAAGAUACCUCGCCCUGCAUUUUUGGUUCCAUUGAGAAGCAGCGGUGGUCGUAUGCAUGUGCAAAGCAAUUGAUUGAGAGGCUUAUAUAUGCUGAGGGUGCUGAGAAUGGUCUUGAAUUCACCAUUGUGAGACCUUUUAACUGGAUUGGACCCAGGAUGGAUUUCAUACCUGGCAUUGAUGGUCCAAGUGAGGGUGUUCCCAGGGUUCUGGCGUGCUUUAGUAAUAAUCUCUUACGUCGUCAACCACUCAAGCUUGUGGAUGGUGGCCAAUCUCAGAGAACUUUUGUUUAUAUAAAGGAUGCAAUUGAAGCUGUUCUGUUGAUGAUUGAAAAUCCUGCGAGGGCUAACGGUCAGAUUUUCAAUGUGGGCAAUCCCCACAAUGAAGUUACAGUUCGACAGCUUGCUGAAAUGAUGACUGAGGUCUACUCAAAGGUGAGUGCAGAACCUGUUCUGGAGGAGCCAACCAUUGAUGUUAGCUCCAAAGAAUUUUAUGGUGAGGGAUAUGAUGAUAGUGACAAGAGGAUUCCAGACAUGACAAUAAUAAAUAGACAACUUGGUUGGAACCCGAAGACAUCACUUUGGGACUUGCUGGAAUCAACCCUUACCUAUCAGCACAGGACAUAUGCGGAGGCCAUUAGGCAGGCCGUAUCAAAACCAGUUGCAUCCAGCUAAGUGGAUAGGAGAGUUGAGAUGCAUAAUGUAAGGGGGAUUUUCUCUUAGGUGUGCUUGUGGCAAAUGUUUAAAUUCUUUUUUGAGCAAGUCUUAAAUAUAUCUGAAUGGUUGAUUCAAAUAUACGCUACAUUUUUUUUGUCUCUCUUGAGUGUCGGUAGUCAAUAGCUCAUUGUAGCUCAGGAAGCUGCAUGUUGAGAUGAGAAGACGAUUAGACUCAAAUAGGGAAUUAAAUAAUGUUUUACUGUAACAUGGGUUACCACAUGUUUUAGGGGCAAUUAUACAAGGAAAGGUGUUUUUGUUUUUUCUCUGGGGGUUUGCCUGUUCUUUCCCCUAUCUUUGUCUCUCCUGGGGUGUGUUGUAUUAAUUUGUUUGACCCUCUCAGGUUCAUAAUUCCUUUAAAUUAUUAUUUAUUUCAUAAGGGGGAAAGAUAAACAUGA